UGCUUACGUUAAUAAAAAAAUACAAACACUUUUCUUUCAUUUCUUUGUUUAUUCAUUACUGAAUCCAAUUGAGUCUCUCUUCACUCUUGAACAAAAACAAAAGUCACAAACAUCGAAUGUGACAAACAGAUCAGAGAAACACUAUUGACAAACUUGAUACAGCAACAACAUCAAGUUAUGGAAGCUUCCUCAAAUCAUGAGACACAGAAAUCUGGAUGGAAGAAGUUCUUGCCAUAUAUUGGUCCUGGUUUUCUUGUUUCCUUGGCUUACCUUGAUCCUGGAAACAUGGAAACUGAUUUGCAAGCCGGAGCUAACCACGGAUAUGAGCUGCUGUGGUUGGUCCUUAUUGGACUCAUAUUUGCCCUUAUAAUUCAGUCAUUGGCUGCAAACCUCGGCGUAACCACGGGCAAGCACCUUUCAGAAGUAUGUAAAAUUGAGUAUCCAUUAUUUGUGAAGUAUUGCUUAUGGUUAUUAGCAGAAGUUGCUGUCAUAGCAGCUGACAUACCUGAAGUGAUUGGGACAGCUUUUGCACUUAAUAUACUAUUCAGCAUCCCAUUGUGGGCUGGAGUUCUGUUGACUGGCUGCAGCACUCUCUUGCUUUUGAGUCUGCAGAGGUUUGGGGUGAGGAAGUUGGAACUACUGAUAACACUCCUCGUAUUUGUAAUGGCGGCAUGUUUCUUUGCUGAAAUGAGCUAUGUAAAUCCUCCAGCUUCUGGUGUACUUAAGGGAAUGUUUGUGCCUAAACUCUCCGGUGAAGGAGCCGUAGGCGACGCUAUUGCUCUUUUGGGUGCCCUUAUUAUGCCGCACAAUCUUUUCCUCCAUUCUGCUCUGGUGCUAUCUAGAAAAGUACCUAGUUCUGGGAAAGGCAUCAAUGAUGCAUGUAGAUAUUUUCUCUAUGAGAGUGGAUUCGCCCUGUUCGUUGCGUUUUUAAUCAAUGUUGCAAUGAUUUCUGUGUCGGGCACAGUUUGCUCCGCCAAUGACCUUUCUAGCGACAAUGUUGAACACUGCAAUGAUCUUACCCUUAAUUCCGCUUCUUUUCUUCUCAAGAAUGUGUUGGGACGAUCGAGCUCAACCAUUUAUGCCAUAGCACUGCUUGCCUCAGGACAAAGUUCUACCAUUACAGGAACCUACGCUGGGCAGUACAUUAUGCAGGGUUUUUUGAACAUAAGGAUGAAAAGGUGGAAAAGGAAUUUGAUGACUAGGUGCAUUGCCAUAGGCCCUAGUCUUGUUGUUGCCAUCGUUGGCGGUUCUUCUGGCUCUAGUCGGCUUAUCAUCAUCGCAUCGAUGAUACUUUCUUUUGAACUUCCAUUUGCUUUAAUUCCGCUCCUUAAAUUUAGCAGUAGCAGUACCAAGAUGGGACUUCACAAGAAUUCAAUGAUUAUCAUAACUAUCUCAUGGAUAUUAGGCGCUGGGAUCAUUGGUAUCAAUAUUUACUACCUCAGUACUGCCUUUGUGAAGUGGCUAAUUCAUAGUAAUCUACCAAAGGUGGCAAAUGUGUUCAUUGGUAUUAUAGUGUUUCCUCUAAUGGCAAUUUAUAUUGUCUCGGUUAUCUACCUUACCUUCAGAAAAGACACCGUUCAGAUAGUUAUGGAGACGAAGAAUGAUACAGCAAUGCAAAACCAAAUAGAAAAGGGAGUUUUGGAUCAUGAUCAGUUAGAAUUGAGCCAUGUUCCCUAUAGAGAAGACUUAGCUGAUAUCCCACUUCCGCAAUAAAGAACUAAAUGCAUUUCACACCAAGAAGAGAUAUUGUAUGAAAACUAGAAAAGUGUAGUGAACAGUGACUGUUUGAUGAUUACUAGUUCUCAAAUUGAUAUUGAAAAAGAUAAGUUGAAAUGAUCUUACAGUUAUUAGUGUUAUUUGAGUAAUAGCUCCUCUAUUAGUUGAAA